AUGGUGGCUAAAGCUCCCACCAUCCCGAAUAGAAUGAACACUGCCAUCAAUCCAAUACUCAUCCGAGAAACAAUUCAAAAGGUGGACAAAUGUAUUACUCGUUUGCAAGAGAUCCAGUUCACGGUGACCAAAGGCACGAAGAUUAUCUCCGGCCUGAAGGUCAGCCCACGCAGCACCAGAGGAUACAUCAGAACCAGUCACGGUUGCAAGCAAGAAUCCUUGAGGUUGAAGACUGUAGCAGCCAAGAGAUCACCGGCGUCAAAGUUUCAAGAAAAAGCAAAUGCAGAGGACUGGAGAAGGAUGUCCAUAUCUGCUAUGCUGCUCAACGAAACAGUGGCCGAGAUUCUCCAAGCAAGCAAGAUAGUUUCCAAUCUUUCAAACGCAAGCACAGAAAUUGACCCAAGAACUCCGGCCACUGGCUCCAGAAGUAGAAAGUUAGAGAGCACAGAACUGAGGGCAAGGCGUGCAAGGGAAAAACAGACCAUGAGUCGAUCACGUUUGGAAACCGGCUCUCCAGUUCUUCGCAGAUCUAGAUCUCGAAUAAGUUUUAAAACCACCUCUCCUCCUAACAUAAGGGAGGCAAAUAUGACAGGAUCCAGACCUUUGGUUUCAGUUAAUCGGGUUUCGCCAAAAAACAGACCUUGGAAGAAGAAAACGGUUCUUUUUCCCAACCCGCUCUUUCACUCCACUUCUCCUACAUCCACGCACCAGAAAAUCUUCUUCAAAACCAGAUCUCCGAUUGCUGCAAGACCUUCACAGACUCCACAUAAGUUCUUGAUAAAAUCUCAAAAUGCGACUCUGAGUUCACAACAAAAAAGCUUCUACAAAACCAGAUCUCCUAUUGCAAGGCCUUCACAGACUCCACAUAAGUUCUUGAUAAAAUCUCAACAUAUGACUCUGAGUUCACAUUUCAAGAGCAAGAAGGCAGUGCCUGAGGUAACUAUUUCACCAGUCAAGACUAAGGGAUCUGCUUCGAAUCAACGGCGUUAUUCUUUUUCUCCAUCUAAACUGGCAAACAGGUUAGUCUCACCUCUCAAGACGAGGCUUUCCUUUCAUAAAGUAGGGGGAGGAUUGAUGACAGGGCUGAAACAGAGGCCUAGUUUUACUGCUGCUACGAAGCCGCCAGCUACUCGGUUAACCCGAGGCUUGUGA